AUGCCCGUGGGCGGCGACUACGAAAAGAAUUGGUCGGAUUUGGCGAGGACAAUCUUCUAUCUCUUUGUCCUGCUGUGGUCAUUCCAAGGGGUGGGCAUCAUCUGCGACGAGUUCAUGGCGGCCAUCGAAAAGAUCACCAGCAGCAGACGCUCCAAGUGGAUCACCAAUCGCGCCGGCCAGAAGGCGCCAGACCGGGGCCGGGAGAGCCAUGGCAUUGGUGAAGAUUCGACUCACGAUCUGGAACGGGACCUUGGCGCACUAGGCUGGGAGAUUUCGCCAGGGGGCGGGGCGAGCAAUGCCGAGCAAUGCCUGGAAUGCUGUGUUCCCAGCGCUUCUUCGCUGGAAGCCUCGGACCUCAAACGGUGGUGGGCAGCGCAUCCUUCAACUUAUUUUGCCACCGGGCGCGAAGAAGACGUGGCCCGAAAUGUCUUUAUCUUCACAUGCAGCGCUUCGGUGCUUGCCUAUUUGUGGAUGUUGGUGGUUCUGUCGGGCAUCACUCCAAACCGCGUGGAUAUCUGGGAAGGUGUGGUGACGUUGCUGUUCUUCUUCGUUUUCUUAGGGAUGGCCUUUAGCUUGGACAAAUUCUUCAGCAGCAGGGACGAUCCGGAUGUGGUGGAGGUGCACCGGCAGUUAGAGGCUCGCUUUGGCCAGCCCGUAUCCCUUGAAGGCGUCCGUGCCAUGUUGACGAAGCCCACCAUCAGCCAUGACACCCGGAACUCCCGCAUCAGUGCCAAAGGUCAGUUACGGCGUUUGUCAACGGGCGCCAAGAAACAAACCGAUUUCGUUUAUGGAUUUGUGGACCCUGAGGUGGUGCUGUGUCACCAGCGCACGGAAAACACGGCGACGACGGUGACGCUCAGAGUUGAGGCCGUGAAUGGUGCCCAUCCAUCACCUGUACGGAUCAAAUAUCGCACCAGAAAUGGCAUGGCCAAAGCUGGCGAAAGGUACCAUCAGAAAUCGGGCGUGCUGCAUUUUCUGCCAGAUGAUGACAAGCAAGAGCUCACGAUUGGCUUACUGGACCUUCAUGGACCUCCAGAAGAAUUCUAUGUGGAGCUCACUGAGAUCCAAGCCGAAGGGGUCGAGGGCAAGAAGAAUCCUCCGCUUUUGGGCGCCACGACUUGCUGCUUGGUUUGGCUCGUUUCGGACUCCAUUCCGGAUGACUCUUGGCAGACCAGGACUGCAAUUCAGGCAUCUUGGCGAACGCAUGUCAUGGGGCACGUCUUGAUCUUAGACGGGAGUUACGAGAGGUUCGUUUCCUGGCAAAGUGGUGCAACAGGUCCAUUUUUGAACCACAUCCAUAUGGACCAAUCCCGACACGAUGCCUGGCCAGACGUGAACGAUGAGUUCAAAACGACGCUGGUGAUGGACGGAGGGACCGAAUCGGACAAGGCUCGGCAACACUUACAGGCGGUGCCGAGCGAAGCCGAAGCUCCCAUGUCCUCCCAGGCCAUCUCCAAAGUGCGCUCUGAGAAGUCGAUUAGAUCCGACGCCAAGACGGAUGCACGCUCGGAAGCGCGCUCGGACGCCAAAUCCGAAGCCUUCGAAGGCGACGAAGAUUUUAGCUGUGAGCAUUGGAGGGACAAGGUCAUUGAAGCCUUCUAUUGCAAUGGAAGUCCAGAGGAGCAAGCGGAAGCUACAGCCUUUGAUUGGCUGAUGCACUGCCUAGCGCUCACCUGGAAAAUCAUCUUCCUCAUCGUUCCACCUCCAUCUUUAUUGUCAGCUUAUCCUUCCUUCUUCUGCUCCCUCUUCGGAAUCGGCUUGGUCACCGUGGUGAUCAACGACGCAGCCAGCCUCCUGGGCUGUUCAGUGGGACUGGCAGAUGACUUGACGGCCAUUACGUUGGUGGCGCUGGGAACCAGUCUACCUGCGCCUUGGCGCAGCUUUUAA